AUGGGCAUUAUCCCCACAGAAAUGCAACAAGCAGUUCACAUCACUUGCCUUUGCUUAAUCUUAGUGGCUUUUUGCAAAGUUCAUGGAGAAACCCAAAAACCCUGCGAAGAAUUGAAGUGUAGCUAUCAUGGCCCUGCUAUCCAUUUCCCUUUCAGGAUCAAAGAUAGACACCCAGAUCAUUGUGGAUAUCCUGGGUUUGUUGUAUCUUGCAAUGACAGAAAAGAGACUGUUCUUGAGCUCCCAACAAUUCCGGUCAAACUCUCUGUGGAAUCUAUAAAUUAUGAGCGUCAGAAAAUGUAUCUAUAUGACCCCGAUAAUUGCCUGGUGGCAAAGCUUAUAGAAAUCCGCAACAUGUCAUUCUCUCCCUUCUACGUAAUCGACACUCAGAACAUUACGCUAUUCAAUUGUUCUUCUUUAGUUAUGCAGCAUGAGGGACUGGAUCCAAAUCCAAAUUAUCCUGUGGCUGCCCCAUGCCUUAGAAGCCCCGGCCACCAAGUUUAUGCAGUUGAUUCUGCUGGUCACGUUGAAGCCCUACAGUCAUGUACCAAGAUGUAUAAUGUUUUCUCAGUCCCUUAUUAUUUUCAGGGCGAACAAGCGGCUCUUUUCCGAUGGUCUAAACCAAAUUGUACAGAAUGUGAUGCAGAGGGAAAGAAGUGUAGAUUGAAGACCAGUGACACUAACAAUGAAAUUGAAUGUGUACUGGACUUGAGGAAAGCAAAUAUGAGUGCAUUCCUGGGUUCCUUUGUACUGAUCCUACUAGUCAUUGCAGCGUAUCGUGUCUAUAGCCAUGACAAAAAUGAAAAGGAGAAUCGAUUGAAAAUUGAAAGAUUUUUAGAGGAGUACAGAGCGCUCAAGCCAAGCAGAUAUUCUUAUGCAGACAUUAAGGGGAUUACAGAUCAAUUUAAGGACAAGUUAGGAGAAGGAGCCUAUGGAACCGUUUAUAAAGGAAAGCUUUCUUCUGAACUCUUUGUUGCUGUGAAAGUCCUCGACAGUUCUAAGGGAGAUGGGGAAGAUUUCAUAAACGAAGUGGGAGCGAUGGGUCAUAUCCACCACGUCAACGUAGUUCGCUUGGUUGGGUUUUGUGCUGAUGGAUUUAGACGAGCUCUUGUAUAUGAGUUCUUGCCCAAUGGUUCGCUGCAGGAUUUCAUUUCAUCAGCAGAUAGCAAAUAUUGUUUCCUUGGUUGGGAUAAGUUGCAAGAUAUCGCUCUAGGCGUAGCCCAAGGAAUUGAAUAUCUUCACCAAGGAUGUGAUCAACGAAUCCUUCAUUUUGAUAUCAAACCGCAUAACGUUUUGCUAGACUACAACUUCAUUCCAAAACUUUCAGAUUUUGGUUUGGCUAAGUUGUGUUCCAAGGACGAAAGUAUUGUGUCAAUGACUACAGCUAGGGGAACCAUGGGCUACAUUGCACCUGAAGUGUUCUCCAGGAACUUCGGAAAGGUGUCUUAUAAGUCAGAUGUCUAUAGUUUUGGAAUGUUAUUGCUUGAGAUGAUACGAGGUAAAACGAAUAUUGGUGCAACCACGGAGAACACAAACCAAGAUUACUACCCAGAGGCGGUCUAUAAUCUUCUAGACGAAGGAGAAGACCCACGAAUCCAUUUUGGAGAAGAAGGAGAUGAUGAAAUUCCAACGAAACUCGCAAUUGUAGGGCUCUGGUGCAUCCAAUGGAACCCGGUUGAUCGUCCUUCCAUGAAUGCGGUGGUUCAAAUGUUGGAAGGAGGAGAAAAGUUAACAAAACCUCCUAAUCCUUUUGCGUCCACAGGUUCUACAAGAAGCUUUGCAACUGGGCCAUCAAGAAAUUUAAAUCUAGAGUUAGAAACAAUUGUUGAGUUAGAAUAA